GAGGAUUGAUCGCGACAAUGCAGGCUCCGCGCGGCCAAUUCCUGUGCCCCAAGUUCGAGAUCGAGCCUCUGGACAUGGCGGGCGGCGCGAUGCAGAUGGUUCCGGCGCCGCACGUAAUGCGGCCGCUCCAAGAGAUUUGCUGCUCGGUGGAUGCGUCGGGGUUGCAGCAAUUAGAGCGGCUGGAGAAGGAUCUGGAGCAAGCCAAGCAAAAGCUUCUAGUGUUGAGAGCACAAGGACACCAAGAAUCUCUACAGAGCGAAAACAAGGUGAAAUUCUCUCAGAGAGUUUCUGAGAGCCGCUAUUGGACUAACGAGGAGCGCCAGAGAUUCAAGAAAGCCUUGAAAACCUUUGGAACCGAUUUUGCUGCCAUUGCAAAGUUCGUCGGGACGAGAAGCUCCACUCAAGUUCGCACUCACGCGCAGAAAUACUACGCCAAACUUAUCCGGGACUAUAAGCGCUCCGGGAAAGCUCAGGCAGCAGCAGCUUCCGGUGUCAAGGACAAGUCGGGGGCCGCCAACGCAAGAAUCGCCACUGAGAGCUCAUAUAUUAGGUGCUCGCAAUAGACCAUUGUUUUGGCAGUGUUUGCCUCCUCCAUUGUAGAAAGUCUACUUGUUCGUUUCGGACUGGAAUAAUGGAAAAGCUUCGUGAGUGAAAAA